CAAAAAACUCAAGAACUUUGGCUGCCCCCCCCAAAAAAGAAAUCCUGGCUAUGCCCAUGGAAAGGUACACUGCACCUUUUUGGCAGCAUGACCCCCUGAAGGUGCUUGACCUGUGCACAGUGGGCUUGGCUCUCAGAAGUGUCAUUCGAAGCACAAAGAUGAGCUCCUUGGGGAGGGUCAGGGUAAUCUGGACAGAGUUUAGCUCUCUGUACAGUCAGUUCCUUCCUCCUCCCACCCUUUCGUAACUUAAGGGCCACAAUGCCACUUGAUCUUUCCAGGUGUUUCCCCUAGGAGGGGAUAUCCCCAAACGUGUUUUGGGCCUGACAAAAGUAUUUCCAGUUUGCAGGCUUUGUCGACCUGGAAUAGCUCAGUCGGUAGCUCCUGAGACUUGUCAUCUCAGGGUUGUGGGUUCGAGUCGCACGUUGGGCAAAUGAUUCCUACAUUGACCCAGUUCCAACUCUGCAAUUCUAUUAUUCUAUGAUUCAGUUGAAAAUGAGUCUGAAAGGCUGGGGUAGGAUUUUUCUAUGCACCCUUGGCACACAAUGACAACAACAAGAAAAACUGUAUUGUAUAGUAUUUCCAAGUCUUUGAAGUGCUUUGCCUGUAUCAUCUACGUGCAGUCCUUACAACAAUGGUAAAAAGAAGUUAGGAUGCUUCCAGGCGGGGGAGCACAUAGCAUUGGUAGCAUCCAAAUGCUAGUCUGUAUCCCCACCCCCACCCCCAUUAAAACCAGAUCUACCCAUUCCAGGACAAAUCUGAUAAAUUAAAAUGGGAGGCUUUCUGAUUUAUAACUUCAUCUCCUAGCCACUACACCCUCCAUCCCCACCUUUUACAGGCUCAUAUCCUCAGAUCCCACUGAGGAAUACCAGAAGGAACCACAAAAGCUGAUGAAGGAAUUUCCUACAGGUGAGUAAGACCAAAUCUAUAGAAACACAUCUGAGGAACCACUAGCAUCUUCUGUUUGCUUCCCAAAAUACACAGAUCAGGCAACCUUGGGUACCCCAUAGUAUAAGGCAUCGGUGCCAUUACAGUAGGGUUUUCUAGUUAUAUAGACUCUAUUCGCCACCAGCACUCCAAGUUGCACACAGAACAUCCCAGAUUUCCUGAGGAAACUAGUAUCUAUUGGCAAUUCCCCGGAAAAUACCAUUCCUAGCUCCCAUGAACAUUGAGGCACUUUUUACAAAAACAAAGAUGGUCUGCAAACUAUCAGGAAUAUCCUUAAUGGAGUCUUCAACAUACUUAGCUACCACUUAGCACAGUGGCAUGACAGUUAUAUGCAUGGCCAUUGCUUAGCAGUAUGCAAGCAUCUUCAUGGCCAUGUUAGAGUAAUAACUCUUGCUCAUUUUCUGUUCCCAAAAGCUUGUCCUCUACUUGAGAUACAUUGAGAAUCUUUGUCAUCUUGAUUCAUGAACAGGAGGCACAUGUGCAGUUCCACCAAGACUUCAGCAACUUUCACCCCAUCUUCAACCUGAGCGUAGACUAAUCCAUGCAAGAGGAGCACUUUCUGUAAACUACUGUGCAAUGGCAUAACAACAACAACAGUAAUAUAAAUCCCAUUUAAUCCAGCAAAUCCUUAUAUAGGAAACUGACCACUACACAUACUUACAUGUUUCCAGCUUUCACCUAGAACAGACCACAAAAUCCAUCAUCUACAGUCAAGCCAUGCUAUACAACCACAUCUGUUUAGAUGCAUCAGGUACUCACAACUAAAAAAUUUACAACAGGCAUUUCUUGGAUUACAAUACUCACCCAAUGCAGUAUCAACACUGGAAGAUUUCUCCUAUGCUUUACAGCUCAAGGUUUGCCUGAGACCAUUAAACCACAAGCUCAGGUUCAGACAGCAGACUAAGCCAAAACAUGGCUUAGCUCAGCACAGUGCAACUGCAAAAUAACUGGGGGAAGAAAGCUGUACAUAAUCUCCUCUCUGGGAGCCCACAAGUUUGUUCGUUUAUGUUAUGUGGGAAUGAAGGCACUGUGAUAUCCUGUGAGUCAGCCCUUUGUGGAUGUGUCUGCCUGGCUGCUGUCUAAUCAGAAAUCAUCUUUGCAGAUUUGUGUAGGACUCCCUAGUUUUGUCAGUAGGCAUGGGGAUCUUGCUCCUUUGUCUGAAUUCCAGCCUCUUUGCAAAAUUUCUAGUGCAUUAAACUUUCCUUUUUCUCCACAUGCUAGCUUAGAGUGUUUGUACACAGCUGUCUCUAACAGCUGAGGUGCCCAGACUGAAUUCCUUGCACUCAUCUGGUAGAGGGACUUGAUAGGAUUUUAUAUUCUGACUAUCAUCAUUUUUUGUAACCUUGAUGGAUGGCAGAAUUCCAUGUGAACUGACAGGGCCUGGUGGCUGGAUGGAGGCAAUCAGCCUGACUUGGGCAACCAGCCUUGGGUCAUUUGGGGAGCACUGAAGUAGGGGCAGGAGAUAUAUCUGUCAUCCAUCUGCUGCAGUUGUCCUGGAGCAAAUGGUAAUAUUGAUGAAGUUUCUUAGAGUACCUGACCUGAGUGAUUCAGCUGUCAAAGUUAUAAUUUGAAUAGUCACAGCUGAAGCAAGUAGCUGUGUCACUGGAGACAGAAUUACAUAUUACAAAGCAAACAUUGGGAUUCCAACCUAAUGUUUGCCUCAUAGCACUAAUGCAGGUAUGAGGGUGACAAUUGUUGGGCUGAAUCAGCAGGUGAAAGAGGAAGGUGUAUAUAAGCAAUAUCUGAUUUCCCCCUGCAAAUUCCUUCCCAGCUGUUUAUUAUUUACUUAUAAAUUUAUUUAAAAAUGUAUAGCCUGCCUUUUAGGAUAAUGCCCUCCCACACUGGUGUACAAAAUCAUAAAACACACAAAAACAACAGUUUAAAACAACAGUUAAGUCCAUUAAAACAAGCCAUAAAUAAAUAAUAAAGCAGCAGAACAAUAAAUAGCAAUAAGCCAGCAGGUGAUAAAAAUAAAUAAAAUGUGGAUUGAAAUAAAACUGUAACCCAUUCCCUGCCCCAUCUCAGCUCCCAAGAUAAGAAAUCAGCCUGCUAGGAGAGGUGAAUUUGCACGAGAAAGCAGAUGGCUACAGGAAUAUUCAAGAAUUGUAGGUUCGUAAAAACAGUACAGUAUGUAUUUCCAUUCUGAAACAAUAAAUCUACAGACUGCAGUCAUAAGUGACUUUACCAGAAAGCCACCCUCAGUUAAUCCAAUUAUUUCCAUCUAAACAUGCUGAAUAUUUGGCUGUAAGAAUUUAGCAUCUGGCUGGAGCACUAGGAAGAGUUGCAGUGUACUCAUUUACAGCAGAAACACCCUAUUUACAUUAUCAUUAUUAAGAAUGGUUGGUCACUUGUUACCUGAAUUUCUCCAAGUGACCUGCAAUACUGCGAAAAACACAAAUAGAUAUGUUAUAUAAAAAACAGAACAAAAAACAGCAACCUCCAUAACAGCCACAGGAAGUUUCAGCAGUAUGCAAUGAUGUAUACAAGAUCAUCCUAGUCUUAUCAAAAGCCUGGGAAAAAAGACAAAUCUUUACCUGGUGCCUAGUAGAUGUCACCAAAGGUGCCCAGCAGACCUUGCUGGGGAGCUCAUUCUACAGAUGGGGAGCCACAACAGAAAAGGUCUUCUCCCUUGUCACCAUCCUCCAAGCCUUCCUCAGAGGGGGAACUUGGAUAAGAGACUCAAAUGAAGAUCUAAAGGUCUGUGUAGGUUCAUGUCUGAUGCAUUCCAUAUUAAAAGCCUCAAUGAGUUUCUGAAGAAAAGUUAAGCACCAAACUGGAGCCAUGAGAUAAGCUCACAUUUUGCCUCACCGGAAGAUGCUUUUGUAUAAAGAAAUAAUUAAGAGUCAAAAAGAAAUUUAACAGGCUGCCAAGAACUGUGGGCAACAAUGACUGAAAUGUCAUUACUUUCUUCCAAGGAUAACCGCCAAAAACCAGAAGGGAUGAAGGAAAACAUUUUGGGGGGCUUGCCCUGCAAGCAACGUAGCUGUGCUGCUGUAAAUGCUCCAGCUUCAUGUGUUCACAAAGCUAUCCAUCACAUUCAAGAUCUAGAAGUAAAAGUGGAAGAAUCCUUUCAACAGUAUGAUCACUUGUACAAGCUGGAGAAAAUUCCAUGGGAGUCAGAUAUUAAAAAUGUUGAAGGCAGCUGGUUAUCCUCUGAACUGAAGGCUAAACAGUCGUUAUAUUGGGAAGACGUCCAGCCUUUAAAGCAGAAAACAACAGCUGUUCUGGCAGAGGUCACAGAGUUAGUUAUGAGAUUAGAAGAGGAACGUAAAAGGGCCGCAGAUGCUUUAAAGUUUGAGGAAAACCGCAGAAAAAAGCUAUACCUAAAUGCUGAUAUCCUGUCACGUUGGAGGCUGGAACAGCUUCCCAUAGCUGUUCAAAGAGAAUGGGAGAAGUGUUCACGAGAUAUUUCAGAAUUACAAUGGCAUUUUGAAGAAAAGAAUAAUCAGCUCCAGGAUGCAGUAAACCAAUUGACAAAAAUAGAUGUAGCUAAUGCAAAAGUUCUGGAGAAUAUAGCCUACAUGAAGAAAUACAGCCCUCUGCUGGGAGAAAAGCUGUCUUAUGAAGGUGAUGCUAUGGUACAAGUGAAAAAGAUAUACACACAGACCAAAACUGGAUAUGAUGUAGUUCAUGAAGAACUUGUGAUGGUGAACAGUUUGCAUCAAGAUCUCACAGAAGAGUGUGAAAGGGAAAGAAAAUAUAUGGCUGAACAAAUACAAAUAGCUGAGUCAUUGUUGAUGAGUUUAAAGAAAGAGCUUAAAGAUGCUGAAUUCAUUGCCGAUGAUUUCAGUUACAAGAUAAAAGCAAAAAUGGAAGCAGUAUCACACAGUAAAAAACUUAUUGAAGAAUUAAACAAGAAAGAAGCAAAGACAAAGGCUGAUUUAAAGACUUGGCAUGAAAAAGUAAGGCGGAUGACUCUGAAAAUUGCUACUCAGGAAAAUGAGAACAAAGUUUUAAUGACUGAAUAUUUAGAGGAGAAGAACAUUGUGGAAACAUCACAAGCCAAUCAGAACUCUGAUCUAAGCAAUAUGAAAAAAAGACUUAGGCAUCUUCUU